AUAGGUUGUAAGACUUUGUGUCCUGCUCCAUGGAAAUAGUCCGGUCAGAUCCACUUUCACAGCGAAUCAGUGCGCAGCGGGGACGCGUGCAGCGCGGAGGCUGUCAGUCCUCACCGUCCCUCCCAUUGGCUGCAGCAGGAUGCUCCGCGUCUCUCCUGUUUCCUUGAUCCUCACAUGCAACCGGAGCCGUCGGAGGUUCGCAGUGGAGCGGGAGAAGGAGCCUUCACCUGUAGAUAUUUUUGCAUUAACGUGCGUUUCACCCGCGCCCAAAAACAAACGCCACUUUGCGAAGUAAAAAGGCUGCGCGCUCCGGAUACCGCAUCGCUGCACAGCCGCUGGAAAUAACUUCAUUAUUCCAGUUUUUUUGCGGGCGGCUGUCGCCCUGUCCUCCGGUUUGACGGGAUCCUGCAAGCUGCAUGGAGGGAUGUGGGCAUGGCUUGCACCAGGAGAACCAAAACUUUGGUGUCCACAUGCGUGAUACUGAGCGGCAUGACUAACAUUGUUUGCCUGCUCUAUGUCGGAUGGGUUACUAAUUACAUCGCCAAUAUUUACAUCAAAGUUCCCAUGCCUUUACCGGAGAGAAAGUUGGAGGGGGACAAAAGAGGAGACACUCUCCGGAUCAUGGAGAGGCUGGACCGGCUGGAGAAUGUGGUCAACCAGCACAUACAAGAGACUCCAGGGAAGGGAGAGGACGGUCAGACGGACACAUCAUUCUCUGACUCGUCGCUGUUCGCUCACUGGGGUCAGGAGCUCAGCCCCGACAACCGGCGGCUGGCGUUGAAGAUGUUCCAGUACUACGGAUAUAACGGCUACCUCAGCGAUCGUCUCUCUCUGGACAGACCGAUACCAGACCUCAGGCCUGAUGGGUGCAGGAACCUCUCCUACCCUUUAAACCUCCCGCAAGUGAGCAUAGUGUUCAUUUUUGUGAAUGAAGCCUUCUCGGUCAUCCUGCGGUCGGUUCACUCCGCCAUCAACAGGACGCCCUCCCACCUUCUCAAAGAGAUCAUCCUGGUGGACGACAACAGCAAUAACAAUGAGCUGAAGGAGAAGCUGCAGGAUUUUGUGUCCGAGACAAACAGCCAGCAUCCAGGAUUCAUCAAGAUGGUGCGUCACGCCAAGCAGGAGGGUCUGAUCCGCUCCAGAGUGAGCGGGUGGAGGGCUGCCACUGCCCCAGUUGUUGCCCUGUUUGAUGCCCACGUCGAGUUCAACGUUGGAUGGGCUGAACCCAUCCUGCAGAGAAUUAAAGAAGACAGAACGCGCAUAAUCUCCCCAUCAUUUGAUAACAUCAAGUACGACACGUUUGAGAUCGAGGAGUACCCGCUGUCGGCCCAGGGCUUCGACUGGGAGCUGUGGUGCCGCUACCUCAACCCUCCCAAGUCCUGGUGGCACAAGGGCAACAAGAGUGCCCCGAUCCAGAGCCCGGCCCUGAUUGGCUGCUUCGUGGUGGACAGGCUGUACUUCGAGGAGAUCGGUUUGCUGGAUGAGGGGAUGGAGGUGUACGGGGGAGAGAACGUGGAGCUGGGCAUCAGGGUGUGGCAGUGUGGCGGCAGCGUGGAGGUCCUGCCUUGUGCUCGCAUCGCCCACAUAGAGCGCGCUCACAAACCGUACACCGAGGACCUGACGUCCCACGUACGGAGGAACGCCCUCAGAGUGGCAGAAGUCUGGAUGGACGAGUUUAAAAGCCACGUGUACAUGGCCUGGAAUAUUCCUGUGGAGGACCCGGGGAUUGAUAUUGGCGAUAUCUCUGAGAGGAAGGCUCUGAGGAAGAGGCUGCAGUGUAAAACUUUCCGCUGGUACCUGGUCAACAUCUACCCCGAGAUGAGGAUGUACAGCGACACCAUCGCAUACGGAGUACUGAAAAACUCCCUGAAGAACGAUCUGUGUCUGGACCAGGGCCCCGACAACGACAACGUGCCCAUCCUGUAUCUCUGCCACGGGAUGACACCUCAGAAUGUGUACUACACCAGUACUCAGCAGCUCCACAUCGGGCUCCUCAGUCCCACCGUGGACGACGACGACAACAAGUGCCUGGUGGAUGUGAACAGCAGGCCGCGGCUCAUCGAGUGCAGCUAUGCCACAUCCAAACGCAUGAAGCUCCACUGGCUCUUCACUCAGGGAGGAUCCAUUCAGAACAGGAAAUCAAAGAGAUGCCUAGAGCUUGUAGCGAGCAGCGACAAUGAGUUCGGCUACCAACUGGCUCUGCAGAAAUGCACCGGACAGAAAUGGUUUAUCACAAACGUGCUGUUUAGCAGCUCCUUAUGAUCGACUGCUAACGGGAACACUGUUGUGAAUAGAUGGAGUUGCUUCUUUUGUGUGCACGUGUGCAGAAGGACGAGGCGGCAGGAGUCCCACAGAAGAGCGGUGCACGGUUGAACACGAUCAAUCUGAGCGCCACGAUGUCCUCAGAAGAGCCGACAUCACAUCGUAAAUGUUAAACAUUUUAUUUUGCCUACAGGAUCAGCCAUAGCUGGCGGAUAUUUUGCAGAUUUGACAAGGUAGUAUAUUUAGUAUAUUUUGUGGUAAAUACAGUACAGUCAGAUUUUCGUUGACUUAAAAAGAUGUAAUGGGUCCAAUCUGUUUUUGUACUUUGUUCUUAAUUGCUACUGUGUAGCAAAGCUUUCUGAACCUGUCCCUGCUGUAAUUAUUUUAUUUUAGUGUCUCAGGUUUGUAGGUUUAUUAAGCGAUUCAAGCUGUACAGUUGUGGGGAAAAUGUUGGAAUAAAUCUGAAAAUGAUAGAUUAUUUUCUACAUGUAAAUAUUUUGAUUAUUUGUAAUAUAUAACAGUAAAAUAACUGAUGUAAACUACUGAGUGCAAGUGCUUUUGUUGUGGCACAAUCUGUGAUUCAAACCUUAACAAAGAGGCUCGUCCCUUCAUGAAAUUAAAAAACUGGAACCUGCUAACAAUCCCAAAUAUAUUUUUGAUUGUCAAACAUU